AUUAACGAAUAAAAUACAUUUUAAAAUGGUCUGCAAUGCAUGACACAGAGGCCUAAUCAAAUUGUGUGAUUUGAUUUAUAUAAUGGAAAUCAUGUCUAAUAAAACAAGUAUAUCUUUGUUGAUAGGUUGUUAACACCAGGUUUCCAGUUGUGACCAGGUUACCCAUAAUGCCUUUCUGCGACUUUGUGGAUGGAGACCUUCUGGUCGUCAAGGCGAUUUUCUUCUUCUUUUUCUCCGGAGCGGCGUGCAUCUACCCGUACGUGUCUGUCUACAUGAAGCAGGUCGGGCUGCUGCCAUCACAGAUUGGCCUCAUCAAGUCUGCCGGAAACUUCAUGUCCAUUAUCAUCAAGCCGGUCCUCGGCAGCAUUGCAGACAAGACUGGAAGAUCAAAACUGGUGGCUGUCUUGACCGUGAUGACUGCUUCCGCCCUGCUCUUCUCGAUGCUGUUCAUCCCCCCGGUACCAUCGACGACAACGUCACGUGCGACCCGAGAGCAGAGCCAUCUAGCGGAUCAGGACAAAAGUGACGGAAACACGAAGGACACACAGUCCUGGUUCUCCCUGACCUUCUGGCUAUUCUUCUGGAUUUUCUUCCUCUCCCACGGUGUAUAUUGGAGCUCAGUUUCUCAGGUGGAGGCAGCCUCGUAUCAAACAAUCAAGAGAAAAGGAAGAGGACAGUUCGGACGACAGCGUCUUUUUGGGUCUGUGGGAUUCUCCAUUUUUGCUUUCGUGUCGGGCUUUGCUAUGGACACGUUCACCGAUUGGACGAAAGCAGAAAACCAAGGGAAGAGGACGAGUGUAGAAACCACUGGGAACAAGACUAAGACUGAUUAUUCUGUAGCCUUCUAUAUGUUCUUGACCUUCAUG